GCCAGGCGGCUGGCAGUGCGUCUGCGGCCGCAGCGCGCCUUCUCCUCCCCUCCUCCUCCUCCUCCGCCUCGCGGGCUCUGCAACCGGUCAGGAUGCCGUGGCUGCACCCCUGUUUCAUCACCCCACCCCCCUUCCCUAGCCCUCCUCUUCGUCCCUUCUCCCCAAACACACACAGGCGCUCGCUCAUAGUGUUUCAGGCUCGGCUGCGGGACCAGGACCCACGCAAGCCCAGGAAGCCACGGACAUGCCGCCCGGACUCUUCGCCCCGCGGGCCCCAGCGCCGCCGCCGCCGCUUCUGCGCCGCUUCUUCCCACCUAGACAACAGCCCCUCAAGAGGCAGCCCCGGCGGGGCUGCGAGAAGUUUACGUCUCUGGCAGGGGCGGCGGGGAGCAGUUGAAGGAUCUGUUGUAGGAGGAUUAGCACAUUGGGGCGAGGGGAGGGGCAGCGCCGCAGCUGGACGCGGCGCGGACCCGGCAGCACUGCGUGCGGCAGCCACCGCCGCCGCCGCCCGGGACCGCGGAGCCCGGACGCCCCCGCCCGGCCCGCGCCCCGCCCCCGCCCGCUUGGCCCCGCAGCGCCGGGCGCAGAGGAGCCGCGGGCGGCGCAGGGAGGCGGGCAGCGCCCCGCGCGCGCUUCUGCCGCCCCCGAAGCCGGCGCGCGGAGAGCGCAGGGCGAGCGCGCGUCGGGCGGCGGCCGCGCUGGGGGCGUGGGGCGAGCCGGCGCGAGGAGCGGCGGGGGCGAAACUUCGCGGCCAGAUGCCUGACGGCGCGGCGGCGCUGCGAGGCUGCCGCUGCUGCCCCUGCGGGCCCCGGGCGCGUCUCCGCGGGCGGCGCUGCCCGCGGCGCGGCGUGUGCACCGAGCGAGUGAAGGACACUGGCAGCAGCAGCCCGGAGCCCCCGAGCCCUCGGCAGGUUUGCCUGUCCUUCCCCGCGAUCUGAUUGGAUAAAGUGGGGGCUCGACGGUGGCCGACGUGGGACAGUCUGGCUGUGGCAGGGGUCUCGGAAACC